GUCCAUAUGAGUUAUAUUUCUUUCUUGGUCUUUCACUUGAACAAAUUAAAGUUACUUUCUUUUUCUUUCUUUAGUUGUAUUAUUACUCUUGAGAUGACAUAAAGAAAGGAAGCUUUUUCUUUUGGCAUAAAAGAUGUAUGAAUGAAAAGAUAUUCUAAAAGAAAGGGCAAGAGAUCUAUUUGCUAUUUAAGUCCCAAAUUCACAUUAUUGCAAGCCAUAUUCAUAUUCCUACCAAUUUAUGCAAUUAUGGAGAAAUCUUUCACCUCUUUUCUCUUAAUAGUACUCUUGUUGCUUCAUUAUGCUAUGGUUGGUUUAGCUAUGACCCAAUCCAACAUUACCACUGAUCAGUUGGCUCUUCUCUCUUUGAAAUCCCAAAUCAUUUUAGACCCUUCUCACUUCUUGGAUGAAAGUUGGUCUCCCACAAUUUCUGUUUGCCGUUGGGUGGGAGUCACUUGUGGUUCUCGCCACCAGCGAGUGAAGUUCUUGAAUCUUUCUAACAUGUCUCUUACAGGCAGGAUUCCCGGUGAAUUUGGAAACCUCUCAUUUCUUGUUUCUCUUGACUUGGGAAGCAACAAUUUCCAUGGACAUUUGCCUCAAGAAAUUGCACACUUGCAUCGGCUUAAGUUUCUUGAUUUAAGUGUCAACAACUUCAGAGGGAAGGUUCCCUCUUGGUUUGGAUUCUUACACCAUCUUCAAGUUCUAAAUCUUGGAAAUAAUAAUUUCACUGGUUCCAUCCCUUUUUCAUUUUUUAAUAUGUCCACACUUGAGAUUUUGAAUCUGAAUUUCAAUUCCAUAGAGGGCCAACUACCAAAAGUGAUUGGAAGCCUUAUAAACCUUAGAGAAUUAAGGUUGAAAGGUAACAAGCUCAUAGGCUCUAUUCCUCUGUCACUCUCGAAUGCCUCAAGGUUGGAGGUUUUAGAUGUAUCUUACAAUUCUCUUCAAGGAAACAUUCCUGAUGGGAUCGGUAAUCUUCACAACAUGAAAAUUCUAUCCAUACAAGUCAACCAACUUACGGGUUCUAUACCAUUCACGGUUUUCAAUAUUUCUAGGAUCGAAGUCAUUGCCUUUACAGACAAUAGCUUAUCAGGAUAUCUUCCCAAUGGUUUAUGCAAUGGUCUCCCAAUACUCAAAGGGAUUUAUCUAUCCACAAACAAGCUUCGCGGUCAUAUGCCUACAAGCUUAUCGAAUUGUUCACAUCUUCAAAUUCUGUCUUUAUCGGAAAAUGAAUUUGAUGGACCAAUACAUAGUGAAAUUGGAAGAUUGAGCAACUUGCAGUUAUUGUUUGUCGGAGAAAACCAUUUCACUGGGAUAAUUCCACAGGAAAUUGGAAAUCUUGUUAAUUUGGGGGAGUUAUGGAUGGAGAAAAACCAGAUUACUGGCUCUCUCCCAAUCUCCAUAUUCAAUAUCUCAUUGCUGCAAAUUUUGUCACUGUCGUUUAACAAUCUUAGUGGAUUCUUACCACGGGAGAUUGGUAACUUAACCAAAAUGCGACAUCUACGGAUUAAUGGAAAUAAGCUUAUAGGUGAAAUACCCAAAGAGAUAAGCCAUCUCAUUGAGUUGGAGGAACUUGAUCUUGCGGAUAAUAGUUUUAAUGGUCGACUUGAUAUGGAUAUCUUCAACAUGUCAGGGCUGAGAGUAGUUUCUCUUACAAACAAUACUUUAUCAGGAAACCUCCCACCAAACAUGUGUUCUAUCUUACCCAACAUUGAAAGAUUUUAUAUGUCCUUUACCAAUCUUGUUGGGACUAUUCCUUAUUCCAUCUCCAAAUGUUCAAAACUUACUAUUCUAGAGCUUUCAUACAACAAACUUACUGGCCUGAUUCCCAACUCACUUGGAUAUUUGACUCAUCUACAGUAUCUAAAUUUAGGGGGAAACAAUUUAACCAGCGAUUUAUCAUUAAGCUUCCUGACUUCCUUAACCAAUAGCAGAAAUUUUACAGUUCUUGAUAUAUCUUUAAACCCUCUAAAUGGCAUGCUUCCAGCCUCCAUGGGGAACCUUUCGACAUAUCUUAGAAAAUUUAUCGCCAACAGUUGUAAAAUCCAAGGGCUAAUUCCAAAUGAAGUUGGGAACUUAAGCAACUUAUUAUUCCUUGAUCUUUCUGGAAACAACUUGGUUGGAUCAAUUCCCACAACAAUUGGCAACUUGAGAAACCUUCAGCGCUUCAACUUGAGUAACAACAAACUUACAGGAUUUGUUGGUGAUCAUAUAUGUAAAUUGCAGCGUCUGGGUGAUAUUUACUUGGAUCAAAAUCGACUUUCAGGAUCUCUUCCUAAUUGUUUAGGGAAUAUUACUUCCCUUAGGGAGAUACAUCUGGGUUCCAACAAAUUGAGUUCCAAUAUACCACCAAGCUUAGGGAACCUUCAAGAUCUAGUGGUUCUUGACUUAUCGUCAAACAACAUGGUAGGCUUGUUACCUCCAGAAAUUGGGAAUCUAAAGGCUAUAACAAAGAUGGAUCUAUCGAUGAAUCAAUUCUCAAAUGGAAUUCCAAGAGAAAUUGGAGGAUUGCAAAAUCUGGCACACCUUUCUUUGAGACACAACAAGUUGCAAGGAUCUAUACCUGACUCAAUGAGAACCAUGGUAGGUUUGGAAUUCUUAGACCUUUCUAAUAACAAUAUAUAUGGAAUCAUUCCUAAGUCUUUGGAGAAACUUCAAAACUUGAAAUAUUUCAAUAUUUCUGUCAAUAAAUUGUAUGGUGAAAUACCCACGGGAGGUCCUUUCAAGAACCUCUCGAGUCAGUUUUUCAUCUACAAUGAAGCAUUGUGUGGUUCUACAAGAUUUAGUGUCCCGCCAUGCCCCACUUCAUCAAGGCACAGAUCAAAUAGGAAAAAAUUGCUAGUUAUUUUUAUUUUGCUCGCAAUUGCAGUUGUAUUUGCUCCUAUGACCUUUGUGCUCCUAUGGAUAAGGUAUAGAAGAGGUAAAAGUGUUCCUCAGCAAGCUGACUUAUUGUCUACCAUAGCAAGAGAAAGGAUUUCAUACUAUGAACUUCUCCGAGCAACUAAUGCAUUUAGCGAGAGUAAUCUGAUUGGUUCUGGAAGUUUUGGCUCUGUUUACAAAGGCAUUCUCAGAAGUGGAACUGCCAUUGCAGUUAAAGUGUUCAACCUGCAACUGGAUGCGGCAUUCAAGAGUUUUGAUACGGAAUGUGAAGUUUUGUGUAGCCUUCGCCAUAGGAAUCUCGUAAAAGUCAUUACUAGUUGUUCCAAUCUUGAUUUCAAGGCUUUAGUUCUCGAGUAUAUGCCUAACGGGAGUCUUGAGAAGUAUUUGUAUUCGCACAACUACUUCCUCGACAUCAGGAAAAGACUAAGCAUAAUGAUAGAUGUGGCAUGUGCAUUGGAAUAUCUCCAUCACGGGUGUUCGUCGGUUGUGAUUCACUGUGAUCUAAAGCCUAGUAAUGUCUUGCUGGAUGCGGAUAUGGUUGCCCACCUAAGCGACUUUGGCAUUUCAAAACUACUUGGUGACGAUGAGAGUGAUUUAUACACUGAAACCUUAGCAACACUGGGUUAUAUUGCUCCGGAGUAUGGACUGGAUGGACUAGUCUCAACAAAGUGCGACGUAUACAGUUACGGAAUCAUGUUGAUGGAAACGUUUACUAGGAGAAAGCCUAAUGAGUUUGAGGGUGACCUUAGCUUGAAGCAAUGGGUGAGUUAUUCAUUCCCAGAGGCAAUAAAGGACGUCAUGGAUGCCAACUUGGUAACAUCAACUGGUAAUCGCUUACAGAAGGAGUUAAAUGUUGUGGCAUCAAUCAUGAAAGUAGCAUUAGAUUGUUGUGCUGAAUCUCCGGCAAGAAGGACUAACAUGAAAGAUGUUGUAGGGAUGCUGCAGAAGAUCAAGAUUCAACUUCUUGCAUGUUGAGCAUGUUUUUGGAAUCUGAGUCACUUGUUUGUUUCAAAUUUUUCUAAAUUGUUGUAUUCAUGUAAAGAUUAUUGUUUUGUAUUGUUUUGUAUUGUUUUGUUUUAGCAAUUGAUUUGCAUGAUUCUGUUUUCAGAAAUGCUAGAUGGUUGCAAUAAAUCUCACUGUUUCCUCUUAGUAUUAUUGUUGCAACAGGGGGGAACUUGUAAAUUGAAUAAGUAAAACCAAAAUAUUUUAGAGGAAUUAACUGUAUGAAUACAGAUAGGCAUGUAAUAUAAAUGGUUA